AUGAGCGCUUUGCUUGACGGCAAGCAUCACCUCGGUUUCGUCACCAAGAAGGACCACAAUGGGGUCAGCGAUGAUGAAGAUGAAGACUCUGCAAUCGGCUCCGACAUGCCCGACGAUGAAGACACGCCCAACUCUACGGUAUCUACCGAGAUCGACUCAGAGGAGGUCGACUUCGAGGACAGCUUGGACGAGCUGCAACCAAGUGAUGGCGACAACAGCAACCCGUCUGGAAAGAAAACGGAAAAGCCUGUUCCUUCAUCUGCUUGUCAACUCUGUCGUAUGGCAGCGCAGACCAAGACAUUCUUGAUGAAGACGAUGGACGAUACUCAUAUCUGUCUGGUCAAGAAUCUUAUGACAGCCUUCGACAUCUUCCAAACCAUCUGUACGAAGUACGAUGGUGCGGCCUUCCAUGGCGAAUCCUACUUCAUCCAGCAUUUCCUUAUGGAAAUCAAGUACGAAGAAGGCAGUGGUUUCACAAACUUCUUCUUGGAGCUGGAAAACGCGAUGAAAGCCGCUUCCGAAGCAACCGAGUAUACCUUGACCGAUGGGCAAAAGUCGCUAAACUUGUCCCACUCCAUGCCAAAGAGUUGGAAAGAUGAUCUUCGAGUCUGGAAAGAUAUGCGGAAGUUUAUCCCGUAUGAAGAGCUCAAGGUGAUCAUUGAGGCGAAGGUCCGUGAGCUCCAAGCACAGGAGUGCUACAGUCUUGCGAUGGGAACCCCUGAAAGCCAAGAUGCCUGCCGUUAUUGUCAAAAGCCUCGGUACAACAUCUGUCAGUGUCGUGGUCUGCAGAAGAACCUGCGAAGUGGCACCGUUAAGGCUGGCAUGGUUCUACCAGCUCACUUCGUGGUACCAACAACUACCGGAGCCAUCCGUACAACAACGACCAAGUCAAUAGCAAUCGUGGUGGCGGGUCGUGGUAUCAAGGUGGUCGUGGUGGUCGCAAUGGAGGUCGUGGACGUGGUGGGAAUCGCGUCUCGUCGCAAGGAUGCUCUAGUCGCAGUUGUUUCCGCGGUACAGACCGACACAUCGGCCGUUAGCCUCCGGGAUCAAGCCAAUACCGACCUUGACACCAGUCGGGCCAUCGAUUCCGGUUGCAGCAGUCACGUGACACAGCAUGCCGAAUGGUUCAAGACCAAGACUGCUGCGAAUGGAGUAUCACAGCGGCAGUAUAACCUUCUCUCGGUUGCUGCUGCUGUUGAUAACGGCUAUCGCUUCAACUUUAAGUGGACCAUGUGCAGUGUUCACACCAACCAGCGCUUCAACAUCAAGGCGAUGAAAUAUGCCACUUCCAAGCUGUACCAGCUCACAGCUCUUCCUGCCUAG